GGAGAAGAAGAGAAGUGAGCGAGGGAACAUAAACAUGUGAAGUGGAACACAGCCGUUCAUUCUGCUCUAAAUCUGAUGUGUUUAGACUCCGUUCAGGAGAGUUUAAAUGCUGGGGAAUAUUCCCAUCUUCCCACAGGAGAAGAAGCAAGCAGGAGGAAUAACUCCAGGAGAAACUGCUGACAUACUAUUGUAAAGAUGGAGAUUAAGGAAGAACCCUGCAGAAUAAAAGAUGAAGAUACAGAGGAACAAAUAGACCCGAUGGAAGUGAAUGAAGACAAACAGCAGAUGUUUCAAAAACCUCAUAAUUUCAAAGAUGAAGAUGGUUUAGUUUCACACAGAUGGAAUAGUUUUACACAGAAACAAGCUGUAAAAACUGGAGUCAAAGGAUCUUUCACCUGCUCUGAGUGUGGAAAGAGUUUCAGACAGAAAGGAAACCUUACUGUGCACAUGAAAUCUCACACUGGAGAAAAACCGUUCACGUGCACUCAGUGUGGAGAGAGAUUCUUAUAUAAAUCAAAGCUCAAAUGUCACUUGAGAUCUCACACUGGCGAGAGGCCUUAUACAUGCGCUCAGUGUGGAAAGACUUUCAUUCAGAAGGGACACCUAAUGGUGCACAUGAGAGUUCACAGUGGAGAAAACCUGUUAACAUGCACUCAGUGUGGAAAGAGUUUCAUUCAGAAAAUGGAAUUAAAUAAGCACAUGAGGAUUCACACUGGAGAAAAACCGUUCACAUGCACUCAGUGUGGAAAGAGUUUCGCUCACAAAAGUGUUCUCGAAGAUCAUCUACGCUCUCACGCUGGAGUGAGAUCAUUCAGCUGUGAUCAGUGUGAUAAAAAAUUUGUUGUUGCAUCAAACUUAAGACAACACCUUAAAGUUCAUGCUGCUGUGAAGCCUCACGUUUGUUCUUAUUGUGGAAAGAGUUUUUCACAUAUGAACUCUUUAAAAGUGCAUGAGCGUAUUCAUACUGGUGUGAAACCUUAUAUGUGCUUUGACUGUGGGAAGACCUUCACUACAUCCGGUGCCUUAAAAAUACACCAGAGAUCUCAUACUGGAGAGAAACCUUACAAGUGCUCACACUGUGGAAAGAGUUUCUCUCAGUCUGGAUACAUGAAAGAUCAUGAGAGAGUUCAUACUGGAGAGAAGCCGCACCAGUGCUCUUCAUGUGGGAAGAGAUUCACCUGCUCCUCUAAUCUACUGACUCAUAAGAAAAAGUGUUGCCCGAAAGUGUCUAAGUGAGCAAAAUUCAGAUCCAUGACUUAUAAAUUUGAAAUUCAGAUGAAGCAAAAGACCGAAGGCUUGGUUUCCCUGCUAAGACAAAAGCUAAGAUCAAACACCCUGCAAUAAAACAAUAAAACUCAUUAAUCUGGAGAGAAGAUCUCAACAAAAUAGCACACCACCUUGCCCAAAAUUCUCUCCUCACUCAUUCUCUCCUCACUCACUUUUGUUCUGGUCUGGGUAUUUAAGGGAAUGUAGCAUAGAAGCCAUUUGGGAAAUUCUGUAGCCGGAAGACCCCUAUGCAGUGAUGGCUGAGUGUCUUAAAAACACUCACACACCACUGUGUGUAUGCAUUUAUUACUGUUAGAGUCAUCUUUGACCAAUUAAUGUUAUGUAUUUUUAUUUCUGAAUUGGCUUCUAAUUGUAUAAUCGGCAAUGCAUUUUAACCUGACAAAUAAAAUGUUUUUGUUGA